AUGACUCUCGGUCUCGACGAAAAAUCUCUGCUCAGCAGCGAGAUCGACGACCUUGGAAAACGCCUUGAGAACGUCAGACAAUCCUUGACCAUCAUCAUUGACGUGGCUGAAGAACAGUUCAAUCUGCAAGCCGAGAACAAGGGCAAGAUCGACGAGACCAAGGACCUCAUACAUUCCAUCAAAGCCAGUACCAACGAAAUAACAGCCAGUACCGAAAAUCACGAACAGAAGCUGACGGUUGUUAGAGACAACCUUCUAGCUUUUGGCAAGGCUGAGGCCAGAUCCAAGCCACCUGGACCUAUCCCGACUUGUCAAACAGAACGGUCUAUUCCUGAGAUGUCACAUGUUUCGAUUGAUGAAGAAACCGUUGAGAAAUACCUCUUGGAACUAAAAGUUGAUACCUCUCCUGGACGUGAUGGUAUUACCUCUCGUUUACUUAAAUAUUGUGCUAAGGCUAUGGCGGUGCCUUUAUCCAUCAUAUUCUCCAAGUCAUUCCGAGACUCUUGUCUUAAAUGUGACUGGCUGUCUGCCACUGUUACGCCAAUUUUCAAGAAGGGUGAUAAGCUCUCACCACUGAACUAUCGUCCAAUAAGUCUAGUCUCAUCAGUCGCCAUAGUUAUAGAACGCAUAAUCUGUGACCAACUUAUCAAAUUUGCUAUGGAACACUCUAUCAUACCGCGGGAGCAACACGGCUUUAUUCCCGGCCGCUCCACUCUUACUAAUCUUCUAACAGGUCUGUCUGCUUGGACUGAGUCGUACGACUUUUCUAAAGCCUUUGACCGGGUUCCACACAGGCAUCUCAUUUCGAAGUUGGAGCAUCUCGGCGUUCGUGGAAAUCUUCAGCUUUUUUAUCCAACAGAACAUUUCGUGUGA